AUGGCGGCACGCACAUACGGUGCGGGAGACUUCACCCGCGCCCAACUUCUUGCACCCAAGCUACGUGGUCCAAAGGGAUCCUUCGCCAGAUUCGACUUUCGCCCAGAAACAGAACGACAUAGGAUCGUCGACUUCUGCAAUCGACAUGGGAUCAAUGCGGAGUCGCUGCCAGAAGUCGAUCAGGUUCUGGAAAUGAUGCGCCUUGUAGACUACCUGUCGGAUGACGUCGAGCUGAACCAGGCUUUAGGAAGGCAUAUCGUUGACUGGAUCUCGCAUACGCAGACGCAGAAGUUGCUCCAGCCUCACGACGCAGGCUUUGCGACGACAGCUCGGCCGUGGCAGGGUUCCAAAUACACUUUGAUUGUGGCUGUCCAAGACCGGCUGAAGGAACUGGGAGCUUCUUCCGUUCAUCUAGCACCAGCGCGCCUGCGGCCAGUCGAAGAGCGUGAAGCAUCAGAACAUGCUCGCGAUCCCAUGUCUUCUACAGCAGGACUGCCACAGGGUCAAGAAACCCGCGCUCCUGUGAAACCCGCGCCUCUCCCAGCACCAUCAGCACGCCAAGGCGGCGGCGCUCUGCUUUCCAGCUUCCGCAACAUCCUCAGUCGUCCUGCCGAUCCCACCGUAGACGCCAAUCCUCAACUUCCUCUUUCAUCCGCUCGCUCCACACCUCGCCUUGCUCCAGGACAUUUCCCAUGCAAACCCAGCGUCCAUCCUGAAGAACCCUCCUUCCGAUCCGGAGUCACUUCCGCGGUGCACACUUCGCAAGCACCGGCGCAUCUCCAGAGGCUCGCGGCCAAACUGACUCCCCACGGUGUCUCCGAUCUUGCCGAUUUCCUCGCUCUCAAGCUCAAUCUGGGAACGCCAGCGCUGGGCGAUGAGGACAAUGAAGAAGUCUUGGAGGUCUUGAGCGCGGUACAUCGGAAGUUUGCGCCUGUAGUGGAAGAAGCGGAACGUAGAGCGGCGGCGGCAGAGGAAGAAUUUCGCCAGUGGAGGAGCGCAUGGCGAAAUGCACAUCGUUCGGGCGACGGGGCGUAUGGUGAUUUGCGGAGGGCGAGGUGGCAUCUGCUUGGCGAGAACCGCAAUGCCGUCGGGUUCAUUUCCAUCAGCUCCCAAGUUUCCCGCGGUUCAGUGUUUCAUACCGUGGAAGUCUCAACAAAGAAAGCAUGGAGAACACUCCUGUAUACCGUGGAGUUCUACAUACCGUGGAAUCUCAAGCAACAACUUGCAAGCGAGCACAAUCACCAACAAACAGACAUGCCACGCCGCACAGACUACACAUCCGCAAGCCCUCACAUUAAAGCAUUCUUCGCCGAAACCUGCAUCGCAACCGUAGCCGACUUGACACCAGAAGCUCUGAACGCCCUGUACCAUGACCUGGCACCAGCAUUGUACGGAGAGAACAACAAGGAGAUGGCCAAAGAAGAAAAAGAAGCAGAACAGAACAGCCCCAGUCCUGGAAGCAUUGGGAUCGACGCAACUGAGAUGGCGAGGAGGCUGAGGAAUCUCUUGGCGCAUAUCGAACGAGGUCACGAUGAUCUCAAGACUCCAAAGGGGAGAACAUUUGCCAGGUCUCGUUUGGUGAGCGACGCCGUAGGUAUCAGCUUCGGUCAGACGGUUGAAGAAGAUUCGCAGAGACUCAAGUCGAAGGAACAGGUUGGGAAGAGCGAGUCUGGUGAGCCUGCUACAUGUACCACUGGGUCUGGUACUGAGAUUCAAACACUCCCGGAGGAAAAUCACGAUAUGGCCGAUGGGCAGUCGAGCAUGGACCUCUCGUUUGGGGUUGCUCCAGCUCAAGUCCAAGACAUUCCGGCACUGACAGCCCAUGGCGGGCUUUCUUCACCUACGAGCAGUGCUUCACACGUCGGCAGUCCAACGAUCACUUCCGCGAUGGCGACCUCCUUUCCACGAUGCAGUUUCUUACGAAAGCCUUGGACGGAGUGUGCUAAGAAUUACAAGCUAUUACUAAGCCCCUCGUAUAUUCUCGAGUAUUACUAA